AUGGCAGUUGCAACAACAGACCAGCAUGAGUUUGAGGGCACUUUUUUCCGCUAUGCCAGCCAUGCCCUCACACUCAAGUAUGUUCGUUUGUUUCUUCGUAAGGGAGGCUGCUAUAAGGAGGCUGCCUACCUCGACACUGAGUGCAGCAUCGAGCCUGAGGUUAUCGACCACGUGAGGUUUAUCGGGCAGGUGAGAACUGGUGCUUGCCUUCGAGCAGUCGGCUCAAUGCUGCCAGACCCAGAGGUGGGCUAUGCACUCAGCACUACAGCAUGCCAGGCAAGCCAGACAGCACUGAGCGAGGUGACUCAACGGGAAUGGUGGAAGCUCCGGCUUCUGGGGUUGCCUUGGGCUCUUUGCUUCGCACUCGUGAGCAGGAGGCCCCCUCGGACUUUCGGAUUUACAGUCCAAAGCAUGCAGUGCUUGUCGUUGUUGAUGGCCUGGGACGGGCCGUCGCACGACCCGAACCGCACACCCGGUUUGUACACGACUUUCGUCGGUACUGCUUACUCGUAG